AAAAUAAUGAGAAGCUGACGGCCACAAAGUUUGUGGAGAAAAUGGUAUUUAUAUUAUGAUUAUUUACGAUUCCAAUUACGUUAAUGUUGGAUUUGAAUGAUGUUACCCCUUUCGCGUAUUAUCCAGGAAUAUUUGGGAAAGUAUAUUAGUGCAGCACUCGUGGUAAUAGUGUUUGGUAUUUGUGCCGUAAACUGUUGGGAAAGAGGAGUGACAGAUAUUGCUUUAGGAUAUAAUGUGACUUAUUCUGACGUUGCCAGUGAGGGUUAUUCAACAGUUGUAUUGGAUGGUUUAGAACUUAUUAACAGUAAUGUAUCGGGGUUUCACAUCACAAUGGCAGAAGAUGACUGUACUAUAAGAUUUGAAAUAUGGGAUAAAAUAUCCAACUCUAACUACAGAUUAUGGAAAUAUAAGGAGUUUCGAGCUAACAAGGGUUACCAUGAGGUGGAACUAUUAGAGCAGGAGAAGUUUUCUGUAACAGCCAAUCAAAAAUUAGGAUUCAGCAGUUUGAAAGCAUCUUCGACAUGUGUGGGCUAUCUGUAUGUUCGAGAUAAAAGACGAUCACAGACCAUGUUUUAUUCCUUCAAGACGAAACCUAGACCAGCAGUAGGACAAACUUAUUACUUUGAUCCUUAUCAGACCACGUUCUUAUUUCCAAUAGGAAUUAUAGUCAAAAAUCCUAAUAUAACCAGCACGACGACAUCGACAACGACAACAACUACAACAACAAGACGACCGGAUGCUACAAUAUCACCAUAUACACUCGGCAGAUUUAUUGGUUAUAACUACACAACAGAUUUGAUGAGCAAUACAGGUCCAGCUGCCAUUGUUCACCAUGGACUGAAGCUUGAAGACGGAACCGUUAUUGGUUUUAGAUUCCGAAAUGCACAAUUAAAUUGUCGGAUCAGACUACAGAUAUGGAGAAAAGUAGAAGUGACAGAAAAAUAUUAUAAUUAUACAUUAAUUUAUGAAAAGAUUUAUACAGGAGAACGAACUGGUCUCAUACACCUACGGUUACAACCAAGUGAUUACUUCAAAAUAAGAGCAUCUGAUAGUCUUGGAUUUACUACGGAAAACCAGAAUUAUAGUUGUGUACCGUAUUAUUAUGUUCAAGAUGUGCUUCGAUCACAAAGCAUUAAAAAGGUAUAUCCCAACAGAAACUAUGCUCGUCUGUUUGACACUGUCAGCUUUCCACCAUUUCAAACGACCAUGUUAUUUGCUAUUGAAGUAGAAUUACUAGUAUUGUCACAAACUGGUGAAACUGGACCUCGUGGUUUUCAAGGAAUUGCUGGAGAGUUUGGAGCUAGAGGAAGUAGGGGUGAUGUAGGUUUACGGGGUGAAAAGGGGACGCAGGGAGAUUUGGGAGACCGUGGUGAAAAUGGAGAUGGUGGCGAUAAAGGUCCACAGGGAAAUACUGGCCCGGUUGGUCCAGCGGGACCCAGAGGAUCCGAUGGAACGAUCGGACAGGAAGGGGCGCGUGGGAACACAGGCCCAAUCGGAGAUCGUGGAUUGAUAGGGGAUAGGGGCAUUGUUGGAGAUCGUGGAGAUUAUGGAGAAAAGGGUCCCCCAGGAGAAACUGGAAUUACGGGUUUAACUGGUGACGCACAGAGGGGAACACCAGGGGAAACUGGCAUAGUUGGACCAAUCGGAUCAACAGGAUUGCAAGGCUUGAGUGGUGAAAUUGGUUCAGAUGGAGGGGAUGGUGGACCAGGACCUGUUGGUGUUGAUGGUGUGUAUGGACCCAAGGGACCCAUGUGGUCACCAUUAACGGUGGAUUUUUGCUCUAAGUCAGGAUUGAAAUGUGAACAUCACUGUUUAGAUACUCCCCUUGGUGCUAAAUGUGGCUGUAAACCUGGUUAUUUGGUGUCAGAAGAUACGAGAUGUUUAGAAAUCAACGAAUGUCAUAUAGAAAAUGGUAACUGUCAAUAUGAUUGUGUUAAUACACCUGGAAGUUAUCAUUGUGACUGUCCCCUAGGAUUGAGACUCUCUAAUGAUAGUCAUAAAUGUGAUGAUUAUGAUGAAUGUUCUGGUGGUAAAACAUCCUGUAAAGUUAGUCAAUUGUGUAUCAAUUUAUGGAAUGGUUAUUAUUGUGCUGGACCGUUUGAGAAAACAUCAAGUACUUCGACAGGUGGUUCUGCCUCUGCUCAGACGGGAGGUGAUAAUGUCAACUUAGUCACCAGAGCAGUUGUGAUUGGGUUGUUACUGUGGUUAAUUAUUAUAACUAUUUUAACUAUCAUGGCCCUUAUAUUAAUGAUACCAGAAUGUCGUGAAUGCUGUGCUGGUAAACCAAAUUAUCCACCACCGGCGGCUUCGAGAAGGCCACAGUUCUAUUAUCCCGCCUUUUUCCCACGUGUUAGUUUGGACAGGCGUCCCAGUGCCGACAGAAUGGAUAUCUUAGAAGCUAGACAGUCGCGAAGUGAACAACAUUUGGACAGACAUGACAAUGAUGGAAUAAUUAAUGAAGCACAUAUUCACGAUGCUAACCCAAGAAGUGAAUUCUAAUAAAGUAAAUAUACCAUU